AUGCGGUAUCCGGCCGCGCGCACGAAUCACAAACUCGCUCCCGAUGCGAUUGGCGUCGAGCAAUUCUGCGUGCAGCCGUGCGCUCGUGAACGCACGAUAUCGCGGCUCCACGCGGUGGUCCGAUAUCGCAGCCGGCGGAACCUCGAUACGGUACAGCGUCGUCGCGUCGAGGUUGAGAGUUUCAUUUAUGGAGCGGAGAACGGCAAAUGUUCCAAGAUGCGCGGCAUUCCUCAUUCGCAAGCCGAGCGCUUCGCGUUCAUAUCGCGAGCGAUGCGUACGAUGCGGCGGUUGCGACGCGGCGAUGAGGCCGCCAAGGAUCACCGCGCCGCCGACGCCGAGCGUGCGCUUUUGGAGCAACCACUAUCCAAUCAGCGCGACGAAGUACUAUUGACCGGAUAUGAUCGCGAUGAAACUAUGAAACCUAGUUACCCGUACGAGAUCUCGUCGCCGACGGGGAUGCUCAAGACGUUGACAGAGGGCGAGUUUACCCGGGAUUGUUUUUACGCGGCGAACAAUGAAAAACCAUCGAAUUGGUCGCUCGCAGAAUUUGGGAAGUUUUUAAAGCACGAGUGCGGCGUAUCGAUGUCGGGUGUGGAUUUGAGUAAAAUUAAAUGGGUAUGCAUCGAACUGUGUUGCGGCUAUGGGAACAUGUCGCUCGCCAUGGCUGAGAGAUUUGAAGACGUCGUCGUUAUUGCGAUUGAUCUCAACGAAAAGUUGCUCUCUCGACGCGCCGCGGCGCACAAAAGAGUCAAGUUUCUUCAAGUGGAUAUUCUUCGCGCGAUGCAAGUGACGCGCCUUAAAACACUGCUCGCUGGUCGCUUGCUGCACGUGCAUUCGUCGCCGACGUGCAAGAAUUACUCGAAAUCGAAACGGCCAUAUCGAGCGAGACUCCUCGACGAGGGCCGAGCCGACGUCGUCGCGAUGGAAUACCUCGAAGCCGACAUCUUCGUGCAAACCAACAUGGACAUUAUACGCACGCUCGACCCCGUGACGGCGUCGGUCGAAAAUCCAAACAACGAUACCGAUGGGUUGGGGUCGCGGCGCGAUUUACUCGUAGACGUCUACGGCGCGCUCGCGUGGCUCGCGAAAUGGACGCUUUCGUACUGUCACUUUAACAAAGGGCUCGUGCGCAAAGAUACGGAUUUCUACGUGACGCGCAAUUUGCAACGCGCAUUCGAAGCUAUUGACAUGCCCACGAAAUGCAUUCCGGGAUCGUCAAGCGCGUGCGCGUACACGCGCCGCUCCGGCGCGCGCGCGCACAAGACGCAAACCGAAAAACUUUCGAGCGCGGCGCUCAAGGCUCGAAUACCGCUCGCGUGCGCUCGAAAAGUUGUCGAUGGUAUCGCGUAUGUUCGGAAAACGUGUAAAUUGUAA